AAAAUCUUACUGCAAACCCAACACAGAUUAUUACAUAAAAGUCCUCGAGGAGAAUACCUCAAAGUCCCCAAAUCGAAGAAUCUGAAGCUACCCAGUAAAGUACCCACAAAACACGGAGGAAGAUCAUGGAGAUGGAGACAGAAACGGCAGCACCAUCAGGAGAAGAACUAGUAGCAGCACUAGAGCAGGCAACCCUAAUGGCGAAACAACUUUCGACCACCACAGAUCCUCAUCAAAUCCUGCAAAUAUACACCACUCUCCACUCUGCCCACCGCCACCUCUCUCUUUUCCUCUCCGGCCACCACCCCUAUCCAUCGGCCUUACAAUCGCAACCGGAAAACUCAGUACCCUCCGCCCUGGGUGGUGGCCGUGUCGACAACGGUGACACUGGUGGUGAACCCAUGCAAAUGGGCGAUGAAGAUGCUGAACAGGGUUCCAAGGCUUCCACCAGUGCUGCUGCUAUCGAUAAGGUUGAGGAGAGGAUGAGGGAGUGUCUUAUUCAGAACAAGAGGCCCAAGAGGCAACUUUCGCCUUCAGCAGAGCAGCGCCAGAGCAACGACAAUGGUAAUGUGUUAGGUGGCACUGUGGCGGCGGAUCUUGAUCCUCAUUCGACCAAGUUGAGGUCUCUUGAUCUUAUUUAUCAGUUUCAUGGCUAAAAUUUCACGGGAAAUGCUGUGUACACCUUGUGGUCGUGGUGUAUAUGCAUUCAUUAAACGAGGGGUUCAUGAAUAUUUUAUUGAGUGUGGCCCCUUCAUGUGGGGUGUAAUGCUACGUGUACAUUAUUGUUUACGCGUAGCAUUUUCCAAAUUUCAUACUGGAAAUAACAUAAGGAAAGAUUUACAGCAAAAUGUUGUAAACUAUAACUUUAAACUAUUGUGUUAUACGCAUACUAUUGUAAUAUACUCGAUUGCAGUAACUUUCUUGGGGAUU